AUGGCGGCCCCUCAGCCCCCGGUUCCCCUGGGCCGGGCCGGGGUCGGGAGCGGCCCCCGGAGGCACCGGAGCCGCCCGGGCCGGGCCGUGCUGGCCGCCGUGCUCGGCUGCCUCAGCCUGGCCUGCUCCUACGUGGGGAGCCUGUACGUGUGGGGCAGCCCCCUGCCCAGGGACCACCCGUCGGUGAUCAAGCGUCGCUUCACGAGCGUCCUGGUGGUGUCGGGGCUGUCCCCAGCCCUGGUGUGGCUCUGGAAGGAGCUCACGGGGGUCAAGGCUGACACCCCCCUGCCCGCCCUGCUGGGGCUGCGCCUUGAGGGGCUGCUCCCGGCCACGCUGCUGCCUCUGCUGCUCACCAUGAUCCUGUUCCUGGGCCCCCUGAUCCAGCUGUCCAUGGACUGUCCCUGGCGCUGGCUCGAUGGCAUCAGGGUGGCCCUGGACCCGCGGGUGUGGGCGCUGUGCCUCGGGGACGUGCGCUGGCUGCGGAACCAGGUGGUGGCACCUCUGACAGAGGAGUUGGUGUUCAGGGCCUGCAUGCUGCCCAUGCUGGUGCCCUGCACGGGGCCGGGCCCUGCCGUGCUGGCCUGCCCCCUCUUCUUUGGGGUCG